AUGGCUGCUACCAUCCAAAUGUCAAACCCUAAAUCCCCAAACCACCGGUGCACUUAUGAUGCAUUCUUGAGCUUCAGGGGCACAGAUACACGCAGGGGAUUUACUGAUCACCUCUACAGGGCUUUGGAGGUGGCAGGGAUCCACACUUUUAGAGAUGAUGACGAAAUCGAGAGAGGAGCAAAUAUUUCAGCAGAGCUUCAAAAAGCAAUACAAGAGUCUCGAGUAUCCAUCAUUGUCUUCUCCAAGGACUACGCUUCCUCGAGAUGGUGCCUGGAUGAACUAGUGACGAUCAUGGACCGUAGAGAAACUAAUGAGCACAUGGUUAUGCCGAUUUUCUAUGAUGUGGAUCCAUCCCAUGUCAGGAACCAGACAGGAAUUUUUGAAGAAGCAUUUGCCAGACACCAACAGCGCUUCAACAAGGAGAUGGACAAGGUGGAGAAGUGCAGAUUUGGGAGGGAUGGUUGA